UGGAUAAACUCUCCCCACCCCCAGUUCCCUCCAUCAGAAGAAGCAAUAGCUUGGCACAUCAUUUCCAUGGCGAUUCUAAGCUUCAAUCCGUCCAGAAUCAGUGACCCAAAACCUCAAACUCACAAACCCUUCUCCACUUAUCUUCCCCUUUCAAAACCCAUCAGAAUCCCGUAUCCUUCUUCACCUCAUAUUUCCACAAACUUGCAGAUUUCACGACCCAAAUUGUCUCGACUGAAUUCAGUCUCCGAAAGCCCAAUUUCGUUACCAACCGAAGAGACUUCGCUUUCUGCUCCAAUAGACGACGACGAUGGUGACCUUGCAGCGGAAGUAAGCUAUCUGGACCCAGAAAAAGACCCUGAAAGUAUCAAAGAGUGGGAGCUGGACUUCUGUUCAAGACCCAUUUUGGAUAUCAGAGGGAAGAAGAUUUGGGAGCUUGUUGUCUGCGACAAUUCACUUUCUCUUCAGUACACCAAGUACUUCCCCAACAACGUUAUCAACAGCAUCACUUUGAAGGAUGCCAUGGUGUCGAUUAGUGACGAUUUGGGUGUCCCUUUACCAGAGAAAAUUAGAUUUUUCAGGUCACAAAUGCAGACAAUUAUAACAAAAUCCUGUAAGGAGCUCGGCAUAAAACCUGUUCCAAGUAAAAGGUGUUUAUCACUACUUCUAUGGCUGGAAGAACGUUAUGAAACUGUGUAUAUGCUUCAUCCCGGUUUCCAAAAAGGAUCAAAGCCACUUCUCACAUUAGACAACCCUUUCCCAAUGGAACUCCCCGAAACCCUCUUUGGGGAAAAAUGGGCUUUUGUCCAGUUACCUUUUUCAGCUGUUCAGGAUGAGGUAUCAUCAUUAGAGACAAGGCUUCCCUUUGGUGCAAGCCUCGAUCUGGACCUACUGGGGAUUGAAAUUGAUGACAAGACAUUGAUUCCAGGGCUGGCUGUUGCAUCUUCACGUGCAAAACCCUUAUCAGCUUGGAUGAAUGGAUUGGAGGUUUAUUCAGUUGAAGCUGACGUAGCUCAAGCUUGCUUGAUUCUAUCAGUUGGAAUUUCUACUCGAUACAUCUACGCCACGUAUAAGAAAACUCCAGUAACAACACAAGAAGCUGAAGCUUGGGAAGCAGCAAAGAAGGCCUGUGGCGGCUUGCAUUUUCUUGCCGUCCAAGAAAGCUUAGAUUCAGAUGACUGUGUAGGGUUCUGGCUCCUGCUGGACUUGCCCGCACCACCUGUAUAAUGUGAUUAAUAUGCAAUUCAUUAUUUAAUCUUACAAACUUGUCUUUCAAAUGGGCUGCAUUGAGCUUGCUAGUUGCUGAUGAAAUUUUAAUCUCACUUGAUGGUUUCUCA